AUUCUACUACGAUGAAACUAUAUGAUUCAAAUGCUCUCGCUAUUAAUGUCCAGCCAAAUUAUUAUUUCCCGUAUUUAAUGGAUUAUUAUCAAAAUGAAAUGUAUCCAUACACAGAUGAAAUGUUAUUCGAGAAUUCAAAUAUGACUGAACACUUUUCAAUGCUAACAUUAGAAAGUAACAAUGGUAUGCCAUCAAAAUCACCAAUGCCUAAACAAAGUCCACAAAUUCAACAACCAAUUCUUGCAUCACAAUCUUCAACUGCUAAUGUUCAUAUUAAACCGAGAAAGUAUAAAUGUGAUAUCUGUCAAAAAUUAUUUGUUCGGCCAAGUCAGUUAAAAACUCAUAUGCACACUCACACCGGUGUGAAACCAUUUAAGUGCACUUUUGAAGGAUGUGGCCGUUGUUUCUCGGUUGUUA